CCCUCUGUUUGAGUUUGUCAAGACAAGUGACAUCAACUUCAGUUUACUCCUCCGGCUUGUUGAUGCGUAUGAGAUGGCGUUGGAACCUUACAAAAAGAGUUGUUUGCAUAGAACUAAUCCGAAGGAGACCGUUCUUGAAGGUUUUUUCUAUCUUGUUCAAGGGGAAAAGCAUUCUGAGGAGGUUGGAGUGCAGUUGGCUACCAUUGAUUUGCAUGCUUUUGUGAGUGGUCUUGAUUUUAUUGCGAGCAGGGAGGUUGGACAGCUGUUACCACCUGGAGUCCUUUCAACACAAAUGCGCUCCGGUGCUCUUCCACCUAGUGAUGAAGAUGAUGAUGAUGAUGAUGAUGAUGAUGAUGAUGCAACACUAGAGGUUCAUCAUCCUUCUCCUGAAGAGCAUCAGUAUUAUCCAUUAACAUAUCCUCAAGGUAUCACGCCCAAACAACUUGGUAUCAUUAAGCUCACAGCACUGUUUUUGGUGCGCUAUUCGUGGGGUUUCUGGGUGGGAUUGCAUACGAGAUUGAUUCUGAAACCUCACUUGCCGUUUGGGUUUUUAUACUCACCUGAUAGGAGCUACCACCUUCUUUUCAAUUGGCUUACCAAUGUGUAUGUGGGAGUAAUGCCUGCCCCAGGUCGUUUGCGGCUUAGCCCUGCUGCUAGGGAGAUCAUACUUGAUGGUUUCUUCUACCUUCUCGAGGAUGGAUCGGACAUAGCUACGAGUGAUUUGCAUGCUUUUGUUGGUGGUAUUGACUAUUUUGCGAAAAGGGAGAAUUAUGAGAAGUCAGCUCUUCUUCCUCAGCAUCCGCAGUCAUACACUUUCAGGUAACUUAAGUGGAUUCUCUGUGGGGAGGGGGACAACUUGCGCAUUACAAUGUGGUGGGAGCAGGAUAAAUCCAAACUUGUUGGAAAUCGCUUAUCCAUCUCGUUUAAUCGUAUUUAGUAGUA